AUGGGUGACACAAUGAAGGCAGUAGAUGUCAAAAACGGCAAGGGCCCAAUUGAUGCCCUUCACAUCACCGACAUUCCCAAGCCCCAGCUCGGAAAGUCGCAAGCCCUCGUCAAGGUGAAGGCGUUCGGCCUGAACCGCAUGGAUCUCUUCCAGCGCGAGGGCAAAUACCCUGUACCACCUGGUGCCUCCAAAAUUCUCGGUGUCGAGUUUUCCGGUACCAUCGCCGAGCUGAGUGCAGAGGGUGGCGGCAAGGAGGGUUUCAAGGAGGGAGAUGAGGUGUUCGGACUCGCAUAUGGUGGUGCGUACGCAGAGUACAUUGCUGUGUCCACACACAUGCUUGUCAGGAAGCCGAAGGAGUUGACUUGGGGGCAGUGCGCCGGUAUUCCUGAGACGUGGAUAACAGCCACCCAAGCCAUGUACCUUGUCGGCAAGUACUCGGCCGGCAAGUCCAUCCUUUGGCACGCCGCAGCAUCUUCCGUCUCAAUCGCCGGUAUCCAGCUCUCGCUCGCCGACCAAGCCUCCGCCGUCUACGCAACCGCCCGUCAGGACGCAAAGUGCGACUUCGCCGUCAAAGAGCUCGGAGCGACCGCGGCAUUCAACACUACCACGCAAGACUGGGCAGAUGAAGUCCUGAAAGCAACCGACGGGAAGGGCGUAGACAUCAUCGUCGACUUUGUCGGCGCAAGCUACUUCCAGAACAACCUCAAGGCCGUAGCCAAGGACGGUGUCAUUGUCAACCUGGGCUUCAUGGGCGGCACCCAGGUUCCCGAGGGAACUGACAUCAGCGCGUUCAUCAUGAAGAGGUGCACAUUCGUCGGCAGCAGUCUGAGGAGCAGGGACGAGGACUACCAAGGCAAGCUGAGGGAUCAGCUCGUAGAACAUGCGCUGCCGAAGUUCAAAGAUGGGUCGUUCAAGCUGUUCAUCGAGAAGGUACUGCCGUGGGAGCAGAUCCAGGAUGCUCAUCGCUUGAUGGAGGAGAACAAGACCAAGGGCAAGGUCAUCUGUACCAUCUCUUAG